UUCAUGGUCAACAGCCUCCUGCUGCACCUGAAAACAUCUGUCCUUGCUGUAAUAGAACUUGUGGUUCAAGGAUUGGCCUUAUUUGUCACAUGAAUGUCCACAGCUCCCAUUGAAGAUGAUCAUACUUGGCAACGAGUGUUUGUCGUCAUCACAGCUAGAGAAGUAUUAGUAUAAUCAUACAACACAUUCGUGAUACCUUUGGAGUACUGUGCAAUUCUUUUAAGAUACACGAAUUCAAACUGGAACAGGUGCAGAGAAGAGCUUCUGGGAUGAUCAGAGAAAGGAAAAACCUACCUUAUAAAAAGAGCUGUGAGAAGUUUGGCUUGUUUAGCCUAGCCAUGUGAAGGCUGAGGGGUAGCCAUGUUAGUCUGUAACUACAAAAAAAAAAGUCCUUUAGCACUGUAGAGACUAACUGAACAUUGAACUGAUUAACCAAUUAAAUUGAUUAACACUGCUACUCUCUAUGAACAUAUUAGAUACAUACUAGGGUGGGUGAAGGAUGAGGAGUGAAGUGCCCAUGUUAACACAAGAACAAAUGGCUGUAAACUGGCCAUCAACAAAUUUAGGCUUGAAAUUAGAUGAAGCACAGAUGCUGACUUGAUUUUCCUGGGAAGGGGAUGGAAGGGACUUAAACCCCCAUUCUGCCCCAGGCCCCACACCCAUUCCAGCCCAGGAUGUUGAAUGGUUAACCAGUUAACUGGUAAGCCUUAGCAGUCCCUCUCCGUGCUAGGUCCAGGCAUGUAUAUGAAGUAAAAGAGAGUGGUUCCCUUACCUCUGUUCUGAAGAAGCAGCUCCAUAAAAUGAAGUACUUGCUGUCUUCUGAAUUUCUUGUUUUGCAUUUCACUAGGAUAUCACUUAAGAAAUCAGCGUUUUUCUUCCUUGGAUAUGGCUGCAGAGACGAGAGUCCUAAGUAUGACAAUGUGGUUGCCAGGUCUCAUACAAAAAUGAAUUAGUAUCCAAUAGAGUUAUUCUGGCAGUGUGCCAAACUUUGCUUAACACUGUUGUGAGGAAAAUAGUUGUGAGACCAGAGUGACUUUUUUUGCACUGCAUACAUGGUUUUACAAUAAUGCAAUUAUUUUAAAGAACUGGUAGAAUUCUCAGGUAAUUUUACAGAUGCUACCCUUGUAAGGAUUAUGUUCCCAUGAAAAUUUAAAAUAUAUUAAGGUUGCAUUUUUUAUUUACAUUCUUGAAUAUUAAUUUUGCAUCAUAAAAGUUGCUCCAUGUUAUAUUCAGAGUUCUAUGAUAUAACAAGUGGAUAUGACUUCAUUAAAAUAUAAGACCGAAGAUCUCAAGCAUUAUACAAUCAUUUAUUUUUGGAGCAUGCCUUGAAGUAGCUGGUAUAAGCAGAUUAGUUGGAAACUGAAGUAGUAAAGUUGCAUGUUUAAUACAUUGUCCACUAGUUUUGUUUGUCUUAAAUUUUGGUGUCCUGCUUGAGACAUCUUAAAGGGGCCUGAUUUUGAGGUGCUGAUCAUCUGCAGCUCUCAAUGACUCCAGGUGCAGUUGUGGGUGCUAAGCAAUUCUAUAAGACAGGCCAUAAUUGUGUCCAGCUGGACAGCAAAAACUAAUGGUUGCUUUUGAAAACUUGGACUAGAGGAAUAGUUGUCAGACUUGGGAACACUCUAGAAUCAAGAACUCAUCAAUCUGUUCUUUAAUGUAAUUACUAGAGGCACUCCCUCAACUUAAAAAUUAGAUUCCAUUAUGAUAGUGAAUUCAUGCCCAGUAUUUGAGAUAAAGAAACAGUUUUUAGGGGUCCAUGGUCAUCUUUAUUAAUGUUUUGUUCUCUUUCCUUGCAGGAGAAACAUGUCCAUGACAAGUUGGUACCUCAUAGUUUGCUUCAGAAAGACUUUGUGCCUUUUCUGUUGAAUUUUUUAAGGGAACAGACUAGUCAGAUCUUGACCAAUGGGCCCUCUACCCCUGCUAAAACUCCAAAUUCUAAGGCCCUCAGGAGCACGGCUAGCCAUGGGAGCCAAAAGACAGGAUCAGAUAGGAGGGGGAGCAACACAGCAGGGUCAUGCAGCAGCCGAAUGCAGCUCUUUUCCCAGAGGACGGCUGCUAGCACCUGUAGCCGGGACACUAGUUUUCCCUCUUCUUCUGCAUCAAGCGGUUCUUCUGCCUUUAGUGAGUCAAGCUUUUCUAGCCCCUGCAGUGAUUUUCCCAUCAUCAGACAGAACUUUGGUUGCAGCCCUGUGUUCACCCACAAUGAGAAACGUUCAUCUCAGAGGGCCAACUUGGGCAUCUUCCUAGUGCCCACACCAGAUGUCCAGUCAGUGAGGCGAGGCAGAAGAAGAGGCAACAGCUCUGCCAAUGCCACUGGCCGGCAAGUGGCUCGGGACUUAGGGCGAAGCCUCACUGAAGAGGACGAUGGGAAGGGUGACAGCUCUUCCUUGAGUGGCGGGAGGAGGAAGCGGACUGAGGUGGGUCCUACCUCAGCCAAUUCCCCACCUGAUCAUCUGAAUCUCAACAACUUGGAGGAGUUCCCACCCAUGAGUGCUGCUUCUGGCUUGACAAACAAAAGCAAGCCAUCAAGACGAAUCAACCCAACUCCAGUGAGUGCUGAGCGCCCCCUCUCAAAACCUAAGAUGUGUUUCACAUCCACACCAGUCAGCCAGUCUCCCGCUGCUUGGUUUCCGUCUGGGACCAAUCUUGACACCUUUGCUGCUAUCCAGGAAGGGAACGUUACCUCCGUAACAGGAAGCAGUCUUCAAGAGGAGAGGGAGAUGCUGAAGAAAGAACGAUACAAGUUGCUGCAGCAGACAUCUCCUGGAGGGCUAUCUCUGGAUCCCAAUACACCUACCACGCCUAAUUACAGUUGGAGUUCAAGCCUCGCUACUGAUAGCCAGCUAGUGACCUGUGCAGAUGUCAGUAAGGUCUCCUGCAAGAAACAGCUAGAAAAUCUGGCUCAGCUCUAUUCAUCUUGUAUAGCAGAAAACCUGGUUCCAAAUAUUUUCCUGGAGCUGUUCUUUGUUCUGCAGCUGCUAACAUCCAAGGGAACGACAACUUUGGAAGAUGGCGAGAAUGAUCUGGAAUUCAGUCAAGGAUGUAAAGAUGCAAUGGAGAGGCAACAUUUUCGAAAUGUACACAACUGUGUUUAUUUUGCUGUGCGGGUCUUGGAUUGCCAAUUUGCAAUUAUUUCCCGUUUAGAAAAGGGGACAUUGAAACUUCUGGCUGAGAAUGAGCGGAUUGCAUCCUUUUCACCUGGCUUUCAUGAGAGCCUUAUGAAGGCUUAUGAAAGCAGCACAGCCAAGGUAUCCCUCCUGCUGCCUUCGUCUGUACAGUUUGUUUCUUUCCAGCCAGAAACUGACAAUCGCUCUAACUUUCCAAGUGACAGGGCUUUUCAUAUAUUUAAGAAACAAAGGGACAUCUUUUAUGAAUUGCUACGUGAGUGGGAGGAUAACCGUGAAAAACCAGGCUGGGACUUCGAAAUUGUUCUUGGCAACAGGAUCAGGGCUAUGAUGAAUCACCUCACAGCAGCCUAUAAUCACAGCCACUUUGCCAGGCUUUUUCAGAAACAGCUUAUCCAGAUGUGUAAAGGUCCUAUUGGUGGUGGCACAAGUUGGGGUGAUACCCCAGACCAGGAUGUCCUAAAUAUGCUGGGUUCCGAUAACCUGAACCGGCUGAAGAGGCUACAGGAGAGAUUUGUCGUUCCUCAGAGCAUCAGAGGGCCCUGCCCACCCCCUGCCUUCCCAGGGUGCCAGCAGUUCUUCAGGGACUUCAUUCUCAGUGCAGGAAGCUACCAGUUCAACCAGCAUCUGAUGGAUAGCCUGUGCCUAAAGAUACUCGAGCUGGAUGGCCUUACUUUUGUAGAGCAUGAACCUAGUGAUGGGGAAGCAGAUAUGGAUGAACAGGAUGAAAAAAAGCAUUUCAUGGUGGCCCUGAUGACUCUCCGACUCCUGGGAAAGUUUCUGGGAUUUCUUGUUUUCCUGCCAUAUCGAACAGUGGAACCACCGAGUAGAGACUUGCAGGAAUCUGCAGUGGCAUUAAGGAAUCAAACCCUGCCUGUACUGGAUGUAUUGAAGCUCCUGAGACGAUCGAUCUUGAACCGACGUACUAUCCUUACCAUUCCUUGGGUUGUAGAAUUCCUCUCUCUUGUGGACCAUUUUGCUCCAUUCCUUGACUACUAUGGGAGGGUAUUUUCCCUUCUGCUGCAGCUUUACAGAGGCCUGGUUCUUUCUGAAGAAAAGGAGAUGAGUUUUCUGAACAAGCUACUGAUACUUGCAGUGCUGGGCUGGCUCUUUCAGGUCCCCUCUGUCCCAGAGGAGUUGUUCUUCACCAGUGAAAUCAGAUGGGAGGGGCUGACCAGGGACACUGUGACAUCUGCUCAGGCUUUGGAUUCUGUGCCUUUGGUGGAUCAGCAGUUACUUUAUACAUGCUGUCCCUACCUUGGAGAGCUACGGAAGCUGUUGGCUUCCUUUGUGGCUGGCAGUGGAUCAAAGAAUGGUGGUUUUAUAAGGAAAAUAACCCCAACUGCCACGGAGUCCUUGGCACCCAAACCUUCCAUCACACAGCAAAAAUUGCAGCAGGUGGAGCUGGAGCAGGCCUUCUUCCACAAUCAGCCCCCAUCCCUGCAGAGAACAGUGGAAUUUGUAGCGGAGAGGGUGGGAUCCAACUGCGUUAAGCACAUCAAGGCAACCCUGGUAGCAGAGCUGGUCAAAAGGGCAGAGGUCAUGCUGCAGGAUAAGGUAAAAGAAGAGGAUGCUAAUCAUAGCAAACUGCUGGACGAGGUGUGUGCCCAGCUCUACGAGGAAGGGGCACAGGCUCUCCACAAAGGCAGAGAAUUUUGCAGGUUGAAAGGGCCUGAGGCUGUGAGAGUGCUGCUGCCAGAAGAGACGACAGCAGCAGUUUUGAGCAGUGCAGAAGACAUUGCAGUGGGACUGGCUACUGAGAAGGCCUGCACCUGGUUGUCGACCAACAUCACAGCACUGAUCAAAAGAGAAGUGAGAACUACUUUUAAUCGAAUGCUAAGAGUCCAGGGGCCUUCCUUGUCCAGUGAAGAUGCACAGGGGGAGAGAAAAGGUUGUCCCUCUGACUGCCAGCACCACGCUCCGUUCCCUUCUCAGAUCAUCAAUGAGAUCAAAGACGUACUCUGCAUUGCAGUGGGACCUCGGGAUGAAAAUGAAGGAAUUCCUUAUGUCCAGCUGGAGUGCCUGUUGAAAAGACUGAGCCAAACACUUCGAUGCAGAAAGUUCAUGUGUCCCACCUCAGAGCAGCAGCUGGCGAGGUGCACUGUAGAGUUGGCAUCUCUCUUAGUUUCAGAUCGUGUUCCUAUCCAGGGCCUUAAGCCUCAGAGCCAGAAGAGACCUGAAAGACAGAGAGGGAAGAAGAAUGCUGUCUACGGCCUUCUGAAAUCGCUUCUAUCUGUUUGGAAGGAAGACUUUUGGAUCCCUGUUCCUGUUCAACUGAUGUUCAGCAGAAAGAAUGUUGGCUACCUCGCGGAAGUCGAGCAAUGGGAGUGGGAUUUGUUCCUGUUUAUGCUUCAUGGACUUGUUGAGCAUGGUCUGAUGGAAAAUGCAGAGAUAGAGAGAUGCUUGCAUAGCCUCCAAGAACUUCUCUGGCCCUCAGAUUUCUUGAAAGAACUGGAAAUGAUUUCUAGAAUAUUUAUAUCUGAGCAUCAUGCUGCGGAACCCAGGACUAGGCCUUGUGAACUGGUAAGACAACCAAGAGGUACCGUGGCAGCACAAAGCUAGUGCAGACAGUAUCUGAGUGGAUUAGAGAAUUGAGAAGAACUCAAGAUGUGGAAUUUGAUAAUGCUCCUGAGUCCAUUCAGUAAGUCCCUUCCUUGGAUCACACUGUGUUGAAGGGUCACUUGUGCAAAAACUGAAUCAAACUUUCCCUCAAAGGAGUGUCUCAAAAUGUGACAGAACAUACGUCCCUCAGUGUUUGGAGGGGUUUACAUCUUCCAAUGGAAAUGUUUCCAAGAGUUGCUCUAACUUUGGAAAUUUUUUAAGAAUCUUAUGGUGGUUCACAGCCAAUGAUCUACAGUUGUAAUGGAAACACAUCUCGUACUCCUGCAACAAGAGGCUCUGAACGGUGCCUGGAAUCUGUUGUAGUGCACAAAACCUGCCACAUUGCUGGAGAGAGAUCUGGUGGUUUCCUGUGGUGCCAUCUCUUAAUUUAGUUGAUUUUCAUGGACUCUGUUAGAAAAUACACCGUGCUAACUGGAGAGGGAAGAAGUCCCAACAAGAUGAACAGAUAUUUAUUUUUCACCUUGAGCUCAAGCUUGAAGGUUUGUUUUUUAAAAAUUUUUAAGACUUGUUUUAAAAGUAAAAUCACAGUGUAUUUUGGAGCAUUGGAUCAGAUAUUUUAAAGGACGUGUGCUUAUGUUUGUAUCUCACUUAAACAAAAGCAGCACUUGUAUUUCAUGUUUUUUAUAGAAAUGAGGGAGAUCGUCUGCUUAUCUUUUAUUACUGGGGAGAGUUGACCUAUUUUAAGAGGCAUUGCUUUUGUAAUGUGAGUAUAAAUGCCAUGUAUGUGUUACACACUAUGUUUAAAGUCCUUAUUGCCUUGGUUUUGAGGCUUGUAACAUAGAAAUACUCUUGUUUGAUAAGCACAGAGUAGAGUAACUAGACUGAAAUUGUAACAAAACUCCCAUGAAGGAGCAUCACUAGGAUGUUUGGAAAGAAGUGGUCCUGCAGUCCCACUGCUAUGGCAGGCUGGUGAGUGCUGUUCAUCCCCAGGGAUCAACCUUAAAUGGGAAACUGCUAAUAAAGAGGGGUGUCUUAUUUUCAGUACCUUAAAUACAGUAUUCCUUAUGUUGGGGACUGGGUUUUUAGCAAUAUAUUAAUCACUCUUCAGAGAGUUUGCAUAGGAUUUGCCUUGCUGUAUAAGGAAAGAUUUUGCCGAACAGGUUGGGCUGAUGGAGCAUCUUUUUUCCGCACUAAAUACAAGGUAUUCAGAAAGCAAAUCUAUUUCCUAAGACAGACAGCUACACAAGGUGAAUCCCAGGCUGUUUGCAUGGCUAUGGUUUUUGCUUAUUAACCCGUCUUUUGCUGGUAUGGAUAAGAAUUCUUGGGGUAUAAAAUGCAAUGUCAAGGAACUGAAUUGUUUUUAAACAUCAGACUAACUACAUAAAUCUGACUACUAUUAAAGUCUACCAGACACAGAUAAAACGAGGGAAGCAAAGAUGCAUGUGUGGCAUCUGUUUUGGGUUUUGUCACCUACUUGAAGACUGUUGGGAGCUGGAUUGAAGGAGACUGCAAACACCAGGUAUUGAUCUUAGUGUUAUUUGUUUGCUGUUGUCAUACUCACAUGGUACUAUUCAAUAGUACCGUAGCAUGUGAACAAAGUGUGUGGACAGUAACAACUGCUGCAGUAUGAACUGAAAGAGCAGGUGUGCCUCGUACUAUAAUGUACUUCCUUCUGGGGAUUCAGUACAACGGGACCAUUUCACGACUGAUCUCAGUGAAGCUGUCAGAUUUGCUAUAAUAAACAGAUUAUCAAAAUGCA